AUGGCGCAUUCCGAUGCGAACCCCCCCCUCUGUCAACUCUUCCCCGCCUUCGUGGAGGCCUCGAAGGAGGAGCUGCGGCUUUCCCGGCUUACCCUGCAACGGGAGCUGCUCACCUGCGCGUUUGACGAGCGCAGCGCCUACGGCCUUCAGAUCAACGGCCUGCGAAACGAAAACGUCGACCUCAAACUCCGCAUCACGCAGCUGGAGAACACCAUCCGGGAGCGGGAUGAGUAUAUCUACGAACGGCGGUUUUUAAGUCGGUAUUCUCGCCGAAUCCCCUCCCCGGCGGCCGCGCGUUCGGUCGCGCGCCUGGGCGGCAAUGGCGAGGGCGGGGAACGCGCCGGAAGCGGCACCGCCACGCCGCUCAAGGAGGAAUCGAGCGAGGGCGAACCCCUCACCCCCCGCCCGCGCGACGUCCCCUUUACGCUCAAAACGGAGCUCGGGAUCGAUCUGAACCGGAGCACGCACGAGAUCCUCCACGAGCUCGCCGCGGUGGGGAUGAACCUCAAACACCAACUCAACGCCGCCGUCGUCCGGCUCCAUCAGGCGACGAGCGUGAAGGAGUGGAUGACGGAGGAGACGAUGAUGGAGAUCGACGCCGCCCGCCACGGCGACCGCGGCGGACUCCUCCCGACCUAUCCGGUGGAGCAGUGGAAUUUCACCCCGCAUUUUCUCCGCACGACGAUCACCCCGGCGACGGUGAAUCUGCGCUGGACCGGGGCCGCCGUCGCGCACCUGUUGUAUCGUUUUUUUUCCCGCUUUGAGGUCCUUCGCGAGGCGGCGCGGGGGGUCCACGACGCGCGGAUGCUCCAGCCGCGCGUGUUGCAGCAAUUCGAACGCCGCGAGGCCCCGCUCGUUCGGCUCGACGCGACGAUGGCGGAGAUGCGGCGCGACGCCGCGGUCGUGCCCAUCGGCUACGUGGUUUCCCAAUUCAUCCGCGAGACGUUAUCCGGGGUGGAGAUGAGCCCCCGCGGCGGCGAACGAUCCGGAGGAGGGGGUUUCGGGAUUCCCCCUCACCUCACGCACGCCCUCGCGCUUCCCGGGACGCUCCAGACGACCGCCGCCGACGGCACCCCGCUCAGCGCGGAGUUCACGCAAUUCGCGUACAACCUUUGGUGGGCGGCGCGGCGGCAUCGACGGACGCAGCCGCUUUGCCAGCUCUUCCUCGACGUCGUGGAUGGGGUGCUGCCGGUGGCGGUGUUUGGGGUUUCCGAGGCCGUCCUCGCGGUCGCGCGGGGGGGUUUUCAGCACCUCGACGUCGAUGGCAGCGGGAUGCUGUCGUAUUGGAAACUCCUCGGCGCGGUGGUGAAGAUGACAACCGACCUCCACGCGCAGGUCGCGCGGAAUGGGGGGUGGAUGGUCGUACAAACGUUUCGCGAGAACGAAUGCCCGUUGGUGGGGGGUCGCGUCUCGCUCGCCGCCGUGAUCGCCGACGAAACGCACUACGACGCCCACCCCGCGCCGCUUUCCAACCUCUCCCGCUCCACGAGUGAACGGGAUUUGGACGGGGGGCGGAUCAAAGCCGGGGUGAGGCUGUCUUCCGUGCAAAAAAAACCCCAAGCCUCGUCGGGGAUGAGUCGAAAACCCCCUCCAAACGGGGCCUCCAUCCUCAUGCGGUUCUUCCGCAGCCUCGUCUUCCAGCGCUACGAGCAUACCUAUCGCCUGGUCGAGGAGCUCGUUGGGCAAUUCGUCGAGGAAAGCGACGUCGUCUUCGGCCUGUAUGUGAUCUCCGUCAGCGAGGUGCUUCGCCUGACGGCGCGUCUGAAAGAAGACCCCGAGGAGGAUCUCAAUCGCGAGCUGAGCACGACGUUUACGGAGACGGAUCUGCAGCGCAUCGCCUCCUUGCCGGCCCACGCGGUUUUCCGCGGGAGUCAACUUCACGCCGCGCGGGAGUCCCCGACGGGGAAACCCCUCGACAGCGACGACGACGACGACGAUCGAGGCGGGACCCCAAAACGACCACCGCCGUCCUUUUCGCGAAAUUACAUCGAUAUGGUCAAGGAGCGGCGCCUCGAGGAGCGUUUGCACAAGGGGAAUCCCUACGCCGUCCUCGGGUCGUUGAUUGAAGAGGUGCUGGAAGGGCUCCCACGGCUUAGUCGACCGGUGCACUUCCCGUUUAAACCCCGCUCCCUCCUCCCACGGGAUCCCCGCGGGAAACCGGAAAGCAACGGCGACGCGACCUCGACCGUGGAGGCCGCCUCCAACGCGGUGGGCUCCAAAAACACGCGAUCCCGCAAGAACUCCAAUGCGCAGCGGAGGCCAAAAAAAACCCACGACCCCGUCAGCUCCGAGAAAACCCCCCGCAAGGCGAACGAGAAAGGAGAAAAAAAGAAGAAUCCAGCCGCCUCGCCGAAGGUCGCGCCCGUACCCGAUCCCAACCAGCCCUUCCUGACGGGAUCCGAGGACGCGCUGAAGGACCUAAAGAUGUAUGUUCCGGUGGAGCUUUUAUCCAUCCUUCGGGUGGAAGAUCAGCUCAUCGAGUGGUAUGGCUUUUGCAGCGAACUGCGGCAAAAGAUCGUGCCCUUUACGGAGAAGCUCUUCAUGCCAGCGUCGGUCGCGGAGGGGGCGGGGCAGGCAAAGAAUGACUCCCAAGAAGAGGCCCCCGAGGGCGGCCACGUCAGCCCGGAUGAGAGCGCCACGCCCCAUCACAUCACGGACGACACCGCCGAGGAAGAAACCAUCGAUCACGAGGCCUUCGCCUCCCAGGAGGAACUUUAA